UGGACAAUCUCCAUUGAAGGCCCUCUUCUUCUUCUUCUUCUUCUUCUUCUUCUGCUUCUCCCCUCUCUCUCGCUCUCUCCCUUCUGCAACUCCGGCUUGCCGGCGUCGAUUUUAGUUCACCUGUGCGUCGGUCCGUCUCCUCUAUCCGUCUGUGCUCUCCCCGGUUUUAGCACAGGAGGAGCUUCUAGUACGGAGAUUAAUCGCUCAUCAGCUCAAUCAGCAUAAUCAUCAGCCACAAAUAAAGAUAUAGUUCAGGAAAAUGGGUAUCAUUGAGAAGAUUAAAGAAAUUGAAGCCGAAAUGGCUCGAACACAGAAGAAUAAAGCGACAGAGUAUCAUCUCGGUCAGCUCAAGGCAAAAAUAGCAAAAUUACGGACGCAAUUGCUGGAGCCUCCAAAGGGUUCUAGUGGAGCUGGAGAGGGAUUUGAAGUUACAAAAUAUGGUCAUGGACGUGUGGCCUUGAUUGGAUUUCCAAGUGUGGGAAAGUCAACACUCUUAACUAUGUUGACGGGCACACAUUCAGAAGCUGCUUCCUACGAAUUCACAACGCUUACCUGCAUUCCGGGAAUCAUUCACUACAAUGAUACUAAAAUUCAGUUGCUAGAUCUUCCUGGAAUUAUUGAAGGUGCUUCUGAAGGCAAGGGACGUGGAAGGCAGGUUAUUGCCGUUUCCAAGUCUUCAGACAUUGUGCUGAUGGUGCUUGAUGCCUCAAAAAGUGAAGGUCAUCGGCAAAUAUUGACGAAGGAGUUGGAAGCUGUGGGUUUGCGUUUGAAUAAGAGACCACCUCAAAUUUACUUCAAAAGGAAGAAAACUGGUGGUAUUUCGUUCAACAGCACUGCUCCUUUGACUCACGUUGACGAGAAGCUCUGUUAUCAGAUUCUACACGAAUAUAAAAUUCAUAACGCCGAGUUGCUCUUUCGUGAGGAUGCCACUGUGGAUGAUCUCAUUGAUGUAAUCGAGGGAAAUAGGAAAUACAUGAAAUGCAUAUAUGUUUACAACAAGAUAGAUGUGAUUGGUAUUGAUGAUGUGGACAAAUUGGCUCGGCAGCCCAAUUCUGUCGUUAUUAGCUGCAAUCUGAAGUUGAACUUAGACAGACUACUAGCAAGGAUGUGGGAGGAUAUGGGGCUUGUGAGGGUCUACACGAAGCCACAAGGCCAACAACCUGAUUUCACUGACCCAGUGGUUCUUUCUACUGAUAGAGGUGGCUGCACAGUUGAGGACUUCUGCAACCACAUUCACAGAAGCUUGGUGAAAGAUGUGAAGUACGUGCUUGUUUGGGGCACUAGUGCAAGACACUACCCACAGCACUGUGGCCUCAGCCAUGUGCUUCAGGAUGAGGAUGUUGUUCAGAUUGUAAAGAAAAAGGAAAAAGAUGAUGGAGGAGGGAGGGGAAGAUUCAAGUCGCAUUCAACUGCUCCAGCUCGUAUAUCCGACAGGGAGAAGAAGGCUCCAUUGAAGACAUAAUAACUUUCACCCAAAUGCCAGAGGUUCCUCAGUAUUUUGAGGGCAUCAUGGAAUAUUUUUGGUAAUUCAUAAGCAAUAUGAACUCUUACUCGAGUAGUUCUAGUUCCGGCUAUAUUAAGAUAAUUGUUGUAGCCUUAUGUUGAUGAAUCUACCCUGAGAAACGGUAAUGUCUUUUUAGAUUUUGUAAUCUUAGAAAUGUAAUUCAUUACCAUGGAUAUUGAGUUUGUGAUGAUAAUUGGACUUCACAUA